CCAGGUGACCGAAUCUGAAGAUUGGGAUAGCUGGGAGUCGGUUGCUGAAAUUUUUACCUAUACUACGCGGGCGGUUGUUGAAGAGCAUGGAGAGGCGAUUCUAUUACCAGUCCAGCUUCGCGUUACAGUGGAACCCAAUUGUGCCAACAUGAUCCACAUCCAUUUACAGCGCUUUGACCGAUCCGCAACCCGUCUCUCCAUCCAUUCCCCAAUCAAACUUGUUGGAAAACCCAACUUCGUGAGCGAAAGGCGCUUCAUGGUCCCUAUCUCAGAUGCCAUAGCAAGAAGGGAUGUGUAUUCCGAGAUCAUUGCCGGUUAUGUUUUCACCCUCGGCUUCCCAGAUUAUGUAUGCGGGCAAGUUAUUCGACAGAUAUAUCAAGUUAUGUAUGACGUUAUUGAAGUGGGUGAUGACUACGGGUUGCCUAUCACUGUGAUAAUAACAGAAGUCGCUGUUAAAGUAUUGGGCAAGUCUGUGGCUCCUCCAACUAAAUCAACUUAUCGCCUCCUUCUUAACAGAGUGAGACCUGAUAGUUUGGAAUCCACCGUUACACAGGAGUCGUGUUUUGGUUGUCGUGAGAGGCUUGAUCACGUUUAUGAUGCAGAAGAAGGGAUUACACGCUUGCCUGCUUGCUUGCAUGUACUUCAUGUAGAUUGCCUUGUUCAGCUUUUGCAGGUGAAUCGUAAGCUUGUGUGUCCCAUCUGUAGUCACCCACUGCCUUUUCUUGGUGAGCCAUUAAAACCCUUGGAGGAACUGGAUUGGCCUUUGUUGCUCAUGCUGGCUGCAACCGGUUACCUUCAAUUCUUAGACGAUGUCCGAUAUCAACUAGUUGUUCAUACCUUGAAUCCUGGAUUCUUGAUAAGCUACAAGUGCAGAUGUUGUCAGCAGCAGUUGGAGUUGUUCUUGUAGAUGCAGAAUGGACUACUAAAGUUCAGAUAAAAUCUUUAUUCAACUUAAGAUUAAGCUUGAUGAUGGAAAUAAGGGGAGUUUUUGUUUUUGAGUCAGUCAUGAGUCAAUUCCUUUGGUGAGUGGAGUUGUCCGAUUUGGAGUUUUGCAGGGGGAUGGUGGUUUGAAACUUGAUGAGGAUUGAGGAAGUGGUUUCAAGUUGGGACAGGUUGAGGAGAGGAAAACAAGUGAUUUUCAUUGAAAAAAGGGUAGAGUUCCAAGAAUGAGUUGGAUAUAUAUUUUGUAUAAGUUCCCUUGUAAUUCAAGGUUGUUUUGUUAUGAAAUUCUUUAGAAGUCUCAGAGCUUUGAACAUUUUGUGCCUUUGUACAUGCCUCGAUUGUCCAUUGUUGACCAUGUAUAUUCUCUAAUUAUGUAUUUCAUCGUAUAUUUAUGUA